AUGAAAAUUAACAUCAAUACACUGUUUAAAGAGAUGGGUUCAUAAAUAAAACUCUUGGGAUCCAAGAUUGUAGGAUCCUCUUAAGCAUUAAAGGAAUUGUUAAUUCCAAUAACUGAGGAAAGCAAAUCAUUGAAAUAGUCCUUUAAUGAUUAUGUUAAGCAGAUAGAUGCAAGGAGGAAAGAUCAAGAUGAUUAAAAUAAAAGAUUAGAAGAGUUAAGAUCGAAAAUAUCCUCCUUGUCAAAAUCAACGUAUUCAAAUGAAAAAUAGACCACAACUCAGCUUAAACAAUUGAAAUAACAAGAGAAGAUGAUGGAUGAUGAAUACAAAAUGAAAUAAUAGUAGUUUUGGAUAUGCAAAAGAGAUCUUGGUAAUUUUAUUCUAGAAGAAAGUUAAAUGAUUGACUAUAAGAUUAACCAUACCCAAACAAAAUGUUAUGAGAUUAUUUACUUUAGUUUAGAAUAGUUUUAAUCAAAGUUUAAUCAAACCUCAUAAUUGAGACAAUUACUUGAAGGUUCUUUGAUGUCUCAAAAUAGAAGUUAAUAAAGAAGUGCAACCGAAAGUAGAUCGAACAAUAAUACUCAAUUUCCUUCUUAAAAUCAAAGAUCCAUUUCUCCUUCAAAUCAGAUAUCAAAAUAAGAGUUAUAAAAAGCUAAUAGAAAUAAUAAUAAAGAGAUUCUUGUUCCUAAGGGUAUGUAAAAUUAAAAUUAAAAAGUUAAUUAUGAUAGUCAUUAAAUUGAUAAUUAAGUAAUUUUGAAAUAAAUCAAAAAUAUUCAAAAUUCAAAAUUAGAAUCAGGAAUUAAUUGCAAAUAAAAAAGCAAAUCAUUUUUAUAAUUUACUGAUUAGUUAAUUGAAUCUUAAGAUUGCUAUGAACAUCUUAAGGAUAAAGGUACUUAAUAACACAGACUGUCAAAUCCUAAUAAGGAAAACUAACACAUAGCCUUGAGUAGUCUAAUGAAUAGAAAAUAAAGCGGGGCUAGUCUAAAAAGGUCAGAAAAUAGCAAUGCCUCUAUAUUCAACUGUAAAGGUUUGGGAUACUUAAGUAAUUAGGAAUCUUUGGAUGAACUAUUCAAAAAGGAAUGA